AUGCAGUACAAGCUCCUGCAUCUUCUGCUCAUUACCGCAAUCGCUGGCGACAAAAACGUGGCCGACAUCAACAAACUCAAGGAAAACUGGAGCAAGUUCGUCCAGAACACGCUGGCCCCGAACACCACCUGCUACAAGACGGCGGCUGACUACGGCAUCCUCAAGGUGAAGACCGACGACCCCAAGUGUGACCUGACGGCGAAGAACGCCGAGAGGAAGCUGUGCAUUAAGCUGAAGGCCGGGGCCGGCGCGUGCAAGGCGCGAGCCGUGGGCGGGGAAGUAACCAUCACGCUCACGGAUGUUACCCAGUUCUGCGCUGACGCCACCACCGCUCUGCACAUGCUGCUGCACAGCACGAGCACGCGGCUGGGUCACGGGGCCACGCUGCCCCAGGCAGCGCGCGCGCCGCGUCACACGUUCCUCGACCCGCUGCUGCGAGUGCCUUCGGAUGACGCCAGCAGCGCUGAUUGGCGCUCGGAGUCUGGCGCCGAUCGCGCCACGCCGUCCGCAGACGAUGAUUGGCCAAAUCUUGCUGUCGGCGGCCGGCUAUUGGUCGACACGCUGUUCCACCCCAGUAGGCUCGGCUAUCGCCUGCUGGUGACUGCUGCCGACCCGCGAUACCAGGCCGAUCUGCAGGUGCAGUGGAUGGGCGAGCCCGACCUCAGCCACGUGACCCUCACGAAGGCCGACUCACUGCUUCUCGACCAGACUGCGUGCCGUAAGCACCGCACCGACUGCAAAGUCCGCUGCCGCGGCCACCUCGACUCGGCCUGCCACUGCGUGCAGGACUCGCAGCCGACGCUUCCCUGCAUGCGCGCCACGCCCACCUCCGACGCCUGCGACCCGGCCUCUGGUGACCGUGACCUCUGCCCCUACCGCGUCACGAUGGGCGCCGACCUCCACGGGCAGCUGGGGCCGGACUGCGCGCACGUGACUGCCGUGGUGAAUGAGCUGCAGGGCGCGCACCCUGCUGUGCGGAGGUACCUCGAGGCGCCGCGGUACCCCUGGCGGUACCUGAUGGUGACCGUGCUGGCGUGCACCGGGCGCAGCGGUCGCCUGACGGAUGUGGUGGUCGGCUUCCCGGACGAGUACCGCCGCGAGCUGCGCGACGGCCGACUGCCUCACGACAGAGAGGUGCUGUGUCAGAUCCUACGCGUCUACAUCACCAACGCCGCCUCGCUCCAGGUGCUGUGUCAGAUCCUGCGCGUCUUCACCACGCCGCUGCUCCAGUGCCAGAUCUGCAUCUACAUCACCAACGCCGCCUCGCUCCAGGUGCUGUGUCAGAUCCUACGCGUCUACAUCACCAACGCCGCCUCGCUCCAGGUGCUGUGUCAGAUCCUGCACGUCUACAUCACAAACGCCGCCUCGCUCCAGGUGCUGUGUCAGACCCUACGCGUCUACAUCACAAACGCCGCCUCGCUCCAGGUGCUGUGUCAGAUCCUGCGCGUCUACAUCAAACGCCGCCUCGCCCCAGGUGCUGUGUCAGAUCCUGCGCGUCUACAUCACAACGCCGCCUCGCUCCAGGUGCUGUGUCGGAUCCUGCGCGUCUACAUCACAAACGCCGCCUCGCUCCAGGUGCUGUGUCAGAUCCUGCGCGUCUACAUCACCAACGCCGAGUCGCAGCUGACGGCAGAGCCCCUGACGCUGGGCAAGUGUGUGGUGGAGGUGUCCGGGAAGAACGUUUCGGAGAAGAAUGACAGUGACGUCACCACGACGAAGGCGCCGUUCAACUUCUCACAGGGCGCCGCAAUGCUGAGCACGAACCGUUUACGCGUCGCAUCCACGGGCUCGGUACUGGGCCUGCUGCUGCUGCUGGCCCUGUUCGUCUACUGCAUGUGCCUACGCACGGCGCCCAGCGCCUGGGAAUCGGAGAGCUCGUGGUCGGAGAGCCCUAAGAGCUGGACGACCAGCAGCACCAGCAGCUGGACCAGCACGCCUGUCUCCAGCGACGACCUCUACAGCUCUGAGAGCUUCGACUUCGAGCGCGACGCGCACCUCGUGGGCGACAGGAAAACGCUCGAAUACAUGCGCGGCGUGCAGGAGGCGGCAGCGCGGCGGCGGCGCGCGGCGCGCCCCGAAUCGCCAGUCGACUGAGCGUUGUGGACCGGCAAAGAUGCGGUCUGCGAAGACGCGGUCCGGGGAGACGUCGUCCGGGUGGAUGCUAUUCGAGGAAGCUCAGUCCGGGAAGAUGUGGUGUGGGGAGAUGUAGUCCGAGAAUAUGUGGCCCGGUGACAUGUGAUCCGUGGAAGUGUGGGUUGGGGAAACGUGGCCUGGGUAGAUGUGGUCUGAGGCUGUA